UCAGUCGGCAAAUGAUAAGAGAGCAACAGCCUUUUAUUCCUGAUACAUUAUCUCCUCAACCUGUAGUGAACCCCGCAAGAUGGUUAGAAGAUUCUAUAAGGGCAGGUCAUAUUAGAUACUUCGAAUACAGCCAAUUCAAAAUUAUUAAAAAAAUUGGAAGGGGAGGUUUUGGUACAGUGAAUUAUGCAGAAUGGAAAGCUUGCGAUCGAGAUGUUGCCCUAAAAAGCUUAAAUGCUGAUGAUUCACAAUUUGACGAAUCAUCAUUGAAAGAAUUUGUAAAUGAGCUUAGACUUCUUCGAGAUGUGGAUUCUCAUCCAAAUAUUAAUCGAUUCUUUGGUGUAACACAAGUACCACAAGAUUUUAUUGAUCUUUAUGAUAGGUGUUUGAAAGAGAAUCCGGAUGACCGUCCAAACAUCGAGGAAGUAGUAGAAAUACUAAAAAACAUCUCGACUCAGGAGAAUGAGCUCUCUACUAGCCCACUAGUAAUCUUUGAUGGAGAAUUAAAAGAAAGUCCUUUUAAUAGCUAUCAGAUCUUCGAUCAGACAGAUAACGUAUCAAUACCGCAGCCAUCACUUACAACUCAAUCAUCUCAUACUACUUAUUUUACCACGAGAUCAUCAAUCGUUCAGUCGGUGCACUCGAUUCCGGCUUCUGCGUUACUUGAUGAGAUAACGGAUUUGUAUAUUGAAGACAUAACGAUUGGCUCCGAUAUAACAAAAAAUAAUCUGGAACGAUGGUUAGACAAUCACAAAGAAAACUUGGAGAACGUUUCACACUAUCUCAUCCUUAAUCAAGACGUCCAACAUUGGGAGGUCAUGGUUGGAGAAUUUUUCAGAAGAGGAAUAGGAUUCAAAAUAGAUAGGAAAGAAUCACUCGUAUGGUUUCAGAAAGCGAGUGAUAUGGAUGACGCGUACGGACAUUACAAUGUGGGGUGUUAUUAUCAUGAAUAUGGUAUAUGCGGGGAAGCUUUAAAGUAUUUUGAACUUGCAGCCAAAAAAGGAUUAGUUGGCAGCGCAAAAUAUAUGCUAGGAAUAAUGUUGAACAAUGGUUACGGCACCGAUAAAGAUAUACGUGGGGCUUUUAAUCUCUUCAAGGAAGCUGCGGAAUGUGGCCAUGUUCCAGCACAAUAUUGGUUAGCGGUUUUUUAUUCGAAAGGAACUGGAACAGAAAAAAAUCGAAUAUUGGCUUCGAACUGGUUUAAGAAGUGUGUAGAUAACGGAGGAUAUGAAGAUGCUGAAAAAUUUUUGUAA